CUGCCCAGGAGUUGAUGCUUCCAGCUGGCGCCUCGGACAUGGAAGAGGAUGAAAGCACCCUGGUGAGCGGCCCGGGGCUCCAGGAGCCACUGCAGCUGGGAGAGCUGGAUAUCACAUCUGAUGAAUUCAUCCUAGAUGAAGUAGAUGUUCACAUUCAGGCAAAUCUGGAAGAUGAUUUGGUAAAGGAGGCUCUUAAAACGGGUGUAGAUCUGCGGCAUUAUUCAAAGCAGGUGGAACUGGAGCUACAGCAGAUAGAACAGAAAUCCAUUCGAGAUUACAUCCAGGAAAGUGAGAAUAUUGCAUCACUUCACAACCAGAUCACAGCCUGUGAUGCUGUCCUUGAGCGCAUGGAACAGAUGCUGGGUGCUUUCCAGAGUGAUCUCAGCUCCAUUAGCUCCGAGAUUCGGACACUACAGGAACAAUCUGGAGCCAUGAAUGUUCGCCUCCGGAACCGCCAGGCUGUUCGUGGGAGACUUGGGGAGCUUGUAGAUGGUUUGGUUGUACCUUCUGCCCUGGUUACGGCAAUCCUAGAAGCACCAGUGACAGAUCCUCGGUUCCUGGAACAGUUACAAGAGCUUGAUGCUAAGGCAGCUGCUGUCAGAGAGCAGGAGGCUCGUGGGACAGCAGCCUGUGCAGAUGUCAGGGGUGUGCUGGAUCGGCUUAGGGUCAAGGCUGUGGCUAAGAUUCGAGAGUUUGUCCUACAGAAGAUUUAUUCAUUUAGAAAACCGAUGACUAACUAUCAGAUCCCACAGACUGCCUUGCUCAAAUACAGGUUUUUCUAUCAGUUUUUGCUGGGAAAUGAACGAGCAACUGCAAGAGAGAUCAGGGAUGAAUAUGUGGAGACAUUGGGCAAGGUUUAUCUGUCGUACUCUCGCUCCUACCUGGGGAGGCUCAUGAAGGUUCAGUAUGAGGAGGUGGCUGAGAAAGAUGAUCUGAUGGGUGUGGAAGACACAGCGAAGAAAGGAUUUUUCUCAAAGCCUUCUCUCCGAAGUAGAAACACAAUCUUCACUUUGGGGACCCGUGGCUCUGUCAUCUCUCCUACUGAGCUUGAAGCUCCCAUCCUUGUGCCCCAUACAGCUCAACGUGGGGAGCAGAGGUAUCCCUUUGAGGCACUCUUUCGGAGCCAACAGUAUGCCCUUCUAGACAAUUCCUGCCGUGAGUUUCUCUUCAUCUGUGAUUUCUUCGCUGUUUCUGGCCCUGCAGCCCAUGAUCUUUUCCAUGCUGUGAUGGGGCGUACUCUCAGCAUGACUUUGAAACAUCUGGAAUCCUAUUUGGCUGAUUGCUAUGAUGCCAUUGCAGUUUUUCUCUGUAUCCACAUCAUCCUCCGAUUUCGCAACAUUGCAGCCAAGAGGGAUGUCCCUGCACUGGACAGGUAUUGGGAACAGGUCCUGGCUCUGCUGUGGCCUCGGUUCGAGCUGAUUCUGGAAAUGAAUGUACAGAGUGUCCGAAGCACUGAUCCCCAACGACUCGGAGGGCUGGACACACGACCCCACUAUAUCACACGUCGUUAUGCAGAGUUCUCUUCAGCUCUUGUCAGCAUCAACCAGACUAUUCCCAAUGAGCGGACAAUGCAGCUAUUGGGACAGUUGCAGGUGGAGGUGGAGAAUUUUGUGCUACGAGUGGCAGCAGAGUUUUCUUCACGGAAAGAGCAGCUUGUAUUUUUGAUCAACAACUAUGACAUGAUGCUAGGCGUGCUCAUGGAACGUGCAGCAGAUGACAGCAAAGAAGUUGAGAGUUUCCAGCAGUUGCUCAAUGCACGAACUCAGGAAUUCAUUGAAGAGCUUCUGUCCCCACCUUUUGGAGGCUUGGUGGCAUUUGUGAAGGAGGCUGAAGGUCUGAUUGAGAGGGGCCAGGCAGAGCGUCUUCGAGGGGAAGAAGCCCGGGUGACUCAGCUGAUAAGGGGCUUUGGCAGCUCUUGGAAAUCUUCUGUUGAAUCACUAAGUCAGGAUGUCAUGAGGAGCUUCACUAACUUCCGAAAUGGGACCAGCAUCAUCCAGGGUGCCUUGACCCAGCUGAUCCAGCUUUAUCACCGCUUCCAUCGAGUCUUAUCCCAGCCCCAGCUCCGAGCCCUCCCAGCCCGUGCAGAGCUCAUCAAUAUUCACCACCUUAUGGUUGAGCUUAAGAAGCAUAAGCCCAACUUCUGAUAUGUUUAUCCUUGAGAUUUUCCAAGCCCUCUCUCAGUCCAGUCUUUCCCCAGGAUACCUCUAAUUUUUCAGGGACUAACUUGCCCAACUAAUGAUUCCCCAAUCCCCAUAUUCCUCAUGUGCCUGUUUCCAAGCCUGUUAUUACUCCUUGCCAGACUGAGUAAUUUGGGUUCUUAUAGCCUACUCUGGUGAUUCUUCAAAAUGACAUUCCCUAUUCCCAGUUCUGUCCUCCUCCUAGUCAAUAAAACUUCUUGUCUCUGUUU